AUGAAAUCAAAUAAUCUACCAGUUGACCAGAAACAGAGAAAAUUAACUCAGUUAGCAUCAACACACAACCAAUAUCAACCAUUUUCUUCUUAUUAUCUUUGGUAUCUAAUAGACAGAUUUCAUUUUAUCAUUGAUGACAUUCAAUCAAUUUUAACAUUUACGAAAAACACUUGUUUUAAUGAAUUUGCGAACAAAUUUAUGAACGAAAGACAAAAGGCUGAAUUAGAAGGAAAUAAAGGAAAAAGUUUAUUUUGCAAGAUUUCACUUAAUGGAUCAUAUGGUUACGAUGCAAUGAAUACACAAAAUUACGCAAAGACUAAAAUAAUGAAUGCACAGAAGGCACGCGUUGCAUGUAUGUCAAAUAAGUUUAAAAACAUAAGAGAAAUAGGUGAAGAUACAUAUCAAGUGAUGCUUAAAGAUAGAUUUUAUAGAUGUGAUACAUGUUUACAAGAGGCAUUCUUCACUUUAGAUAAUGCUAAAUACUGGUAUUUAGUUUUCAUUUAUGAUUUUAUGUAUAAAUGCAUGGAUGUUAAUCGUUUUCAUUUCAUUGAAGGUGAUACUGAUUCAUCUUAUUGGGCAAUCGCUGGCGAUCCAAGUCUUCCUAACACUCAAGCAUUUCAAGC